AUGCUAGCCCACAUUUCUCAGCUAGCGCUCUUCCUAGAGCUCGUCUCAUGCAUAUCCAUCCCAAACCAAGGCAACAGCCUCAACCUCGCUCCUGCACCUCACCAUGUGGCUGUAUCUAAACACCACCGACGAGAGGCCCACUCGCGGAGGAGCUUCAACAAGCGAUCAAACAGCACUUUGAUUCGCCCGACCAACUCCAACUUGCAGUACGCCGUCGAAGUCAAGUUCAACGGAGUUCCGCGGUAUCUACUACUCGACACCGGCAGCUCCGAUACGUGGAUGUUCGGCCGUGAUUUCCAGUGCCUUAGUAAUACGUCAUGUAACACUGGUCCGCCGUACACUGGCGAGAUUGACACUAUCACGGGCGAGACUUUCAACAUGGUCUACGGUAAUCUAGAAAACGUCACAGGUGAAGUCGGCUACGCGGAUGUAUCCGUGGCCGGUCUCUCGGUGGAAAACCAAGAGGUCUCUGUAUUGACAGAGGGCUUCUGGCAGGGUGACGGUGUUUUGAGCGGUGUCCUGGGUGUUGGCUCCUCUGGGCUGACAAAUGUCUUCCAAGAACCUAAUCCCGCGGACCUACACCCUUAUUCGCCAGUGCUUGAGUCCAUGUACAACAGGACCGGCCAAAUCGACCCGGUUUUUAGUCUGGCUCUCCAGCGCGGUGACGAUGCCGGCUAUUUGGCCUUUGGCGGUCUCCCGCCAGUCGAUUUCGAGCACGACUUUGCCUCGACCAAGAUCGUCGGUGUCCCGUUUGGAACGCACGGUAAAGAACGGGAGUUCUAUGCCAUUGAGAAUUCAGGGUUCGAGCUGAAUGGCAAGACCCACAACGCUUCAUUCCGGGCUGUUGUCGACAGUGGGACUUACGCCAACCGCUUCCCAACCGCAGUGGCUGACAAAAUCAAUGCUGCCUUCAAACCCCCUGCAACGUAUCUUAAAGAAUACGAUGCUUACGCUGUUCCCUGCAACGCAACGGCACCCGAAUUAGGAAUCUCUAUCGGUGGCAAAACUUUUUACAUUCACCCUACCGACAUGGUUAUGCCAGUAGGGCAGGACGAUAUCUGUUUGACGAGUAUCUUCCGAGGCUUUGAUCUGGACCCCAGUGUCUAUCCUGAUGGGCUAUAUAUUUUCGGAGAUGUGUUCCUGCACAAUGUGAUUGCCGUUUUUGAUAUCGGAAACGAGCAGAUUCACUUUGCUCCGCACAAUAAUUAUUAG